AUGGCCCAGAUUUUUGAUGAUCAUGGUACAGACGGAAUCCUGUUGGUUGACUGCAACAUCCAAAUUACUUGCCCUGAAAUGUCCAUAUCAUCAACACGUCAAUGACACCUAGGAGAAGUCAUUGGAUCCCAGGAGUACAAAGACCAAUAAUGUAUUGGAAAAGUUCAGGGAUGGAGGGAAAGCAUCGAGUUGCUGGCUGAGAUCGUAAAGAGUCAACCCCAUGCCGCCUACGCAAAGGGCGACAAAUCGAAAUUUGCAUAUUUUAUGCAUAAAAUUGACUCAUUUAAAGACUAGGUGGAACCAACUGAUGAAGCGAUCAACGGUAUUUUACUUCCAGUUCAUUUUGGUCAGAAGAAACCGCUCCCUGAUGAGUUGCAAGAACUCUUCACAAGGAGGUCUGGGUAUACCAGACCUGAAAGCUGAAGCCUCACAGCAAUACGUUGCCUCAAAGUUAAUAACAGCACUGUGUAGCAGCUAGACUUUCUAAGGUCAACACUGCAGGCCAGAGACAAGGGUGCAAGGGUGGCUCAACUCCGUUGCCCUUGAAGAGCAGGACCUGUGGUGUAAGAAGAAGGGUUUUGUUUCACAAAGACAUGAUGGCAUCCAGAACCUUCUCACAUCUUUGCUCAGCAAAGUCUGCAAGGAUGUCGAGGUAGAGCCCCACCUCCUACCGAUGGACAUUGACGUAUUCAACCUAAGCUCCGCGGUCUCAAGUCCUGAGGCUAGACAGGACAUAAAGGCAGGAAGUUUCUGGUCACGAGGAGAAACAUAAUUAUUCCAUGUAUGUUAUGCAUCUGAACUCAACGUGUAAGCCGAACAAAUCCAAAGAAUCCAUCUUCGUGGAGCAAAGAGAAGAAAGGGAAGUACCAACAAAAAGUCAUGGUCGUGGGAAUGGGAUCUUUCCUCCUCCCCCCUCCCCCCCGUGGUUUUUGGUACAAACGGAGGAAUGGGGAAAAAAAUGCAAACUUCUUCUGAGCAACCUAGCGGACAAACUUUCCCGAAACAACGGCGAGUCGUAUGCCAGUGCCAUAUCUUGGCUUGA